UUGCAGCACGGGGUCAGCGGGUUGGAGCCGCUGGCCUGGUCGGAGGAUCACCGGGUGUCGGUGAGCACCGCCCGCAGCAUCGCCGUGCUGGAGCAGCUCAGCGACGUGCACGGCGGCGGGCAGGAGAUGGUCAUCCAUCGCACGGCCGUGCCCGCGCCCGGCGCCGCCUGCCUGCUGAAGGUUGGCCCAAAAAAGGAGGUAGCAGAAUGCAAAGAGAAGUUUGCCAAUUCCAUGGAUCCAACUGUUAGUCAAACUUUUAUGCUGGAUCGCGUGUUCAAUCCAGAGGGAAAGUCGCUGCCGCCGAUGCGAGGAUUCAAGUAUUCCAGCUGGUCACCACUGGGCUGUGAUGCCAACGGAAGGUGCCUGCUUGCAGCUUUAACCAUGGACAAUCGAUUGACCAUCCACGCAAACCUCAACAGGCUGCAGUGGGUGCAGCUGGUGGACCUGACGGAAAUCUAUGGGGAGCGUUUGUACGAAGCCAAUUACAGACUGACGAAGGCUGACACUCCCAGGGGAGAAUUAGAAGACUUCUCUGAAUUUCAGCGACGGCACAGCAUGCAAACCCCAGUACGAAUGGAGUGGUCGGGUAUCUGCACCACUCAGCAGGUUAAACACAACAACGAAUGUCGGGAUGUUGGCAGCGUGCUCUUAGCGGUGCUCUUUGAAAACAGUAACAUUGCGGUUUGGCAAUUUCAGCUUCCGUUUCUGGGUAAGGAAUCAAUUACUUCUUGCAAUACCAUAGAGUCCGGAAUAAGUUCUCCGAGUGUCCUCUCUUGGUGGGAAUAUGAACAUAACAACCGAAAGAUGAGUGGACUUAUUGUAGGGAGUGCUUUUGGACCAGUUAAAAUCCUUCCCGUCAAUCUGAAAGCAGUCAAAGGCUACUUCACGCUCAGGCAGCCCGUAGUCUUAUGGCAAGAAAUGGACCAGUUGCCAGUGCAUAGUAUCAAAUGUAUUCCUCUUUACCAUCCCUACCAGAAAUGUAGUUGUAGCUUAGUGGUGGCUGCAAGAGGAUCUUACGUGUUUUGGUGUCUUCUGUUGAUAUCCAAGGCAGGUCUGAAUGUCCAUAAUUCCCACGUGACAGGGCUACAUUCUUUGCCAAUUGUAUCUAUGACGGCAGACAAACAGAACGGGACAGUGUAUACAUGCUCCAACGAUGGAAAGGAAGCACUGGAUAAAAAGAUUGAGAGCUGUGGUUCUACUUAUUUCUGGCGGUUUAAGCUGUUUCUCCUGAGGAUUUUAUACCAGUCAAUGCAGAAAGCUCCCUCAGAGGUGAUGUGGAAACCUUCCCACGAGGAUGCAAAAAUACUGAUCUCUGAUUCCCCUGGAAUGGGCAGCACUGAAGAUGAUCAAGAGGAAGGAACUUCUAAACAAGCCAGCAAGCAGAGCCUAUGUGACGCAGGCAAAGGUAUGGACAUAGAUGACACUGCAGAUGAUUCUCUUCCUCAGUCGAGUGACAUAGGAGGCCGUGAGCCAAUGGAAGAAAAGCUUCUUGAAAUACAGGCACAAAUUGAGGCAGUAGAAAUGCACUUGACACGAGAACACAUGAAACGGGUGUUGGGAGAAGUUUAUCUACACACAUGGAUUACAGAAAACACCAGUAUUCCCACCAGAGGAGUCUGUGAUUUCUUAAUGUCCGAUGAUGGAUAUGAUGACAGAACAGCACGAGUGCUGAUUGGGCAUAUCUUAAAGAAAAUGAACAAACAGACUUUUCCAGAGCACUGCAGCUUGUGUAAGGAGAUCUUGCCAUUCACUGAUCGCAAACAGGCAGUCUGCUCCAAUGGACAUAUUUGGCUCAGGUGCUUUCUAACCUACCAGUCCUGUCAGAGUUUGGUAUACAGGAGGUGUUUACUUCACGACAGCAUUGCACGGCAUCCAACCCCAGAAGAUCCCGAGUGGAUCAGGAGGUUACUGCAAGGACCCUGCACGUUCUGCGAUUCUCCAGUGUUCUAGAGAAGAGCUAUAUAAAGACUGAAACUAUUUUCUCUACUGCAUAAGCUCCCUUCACAGUCUAGAAUGAUAUCAAGUGCAGGAAUAUAAACUUUACUGGAAGGGGAGGACUCUGUCCAUGACCCUGUAAAUAGAACGCUGGAUGUUCUAGAAACUCCCUGUGUCCAGAGGCCAUUUCAUGCUCCAGAAGCAGAAGUACAUCUGGAAGAGUGAGCUCAUAAAGCAGUUUUGAAAUGCACCCCAUUGAUGUGUCAGCAGCUGGACAUGCUUCCUUUUGCUGCAAAGAAAAAGUCUUAAGCACACAGAGUGAACUGUCCUCUCUACAGGACAACUGUGUGAUUUCCCAAAAGCUUGGAGGGAACAGCGGAGCUGCCUCUUGAAUAGCCUUGGUGGGUAGAGCAGGCUUUAACUUGUAGUGCUUGUUUGCCUUUUUUCCCCCACAACACAGGCACUUGCUGCAGAAUAUUAAAUUAACAAAACAUUUUGUAAUUUCUUGCAGAGCAAAGCCAGUGUCAGUUGCAGGAAAGAAAUUGGCCAUCAUAUUAGUUUCACCCAAAGUCUUGAAGAAUAACUGCCUUUGAGCUAUCAUGACAGUGUUGCAGUUAGAAGAGUAAACUAUUGCUUGGAUCAAAUACAGAUCAGUAAGAAGAGUUUUUAACGUAAUAGAUUUUAACCUAUUAGCAAUUAAACACUAAUAUAUAUAAAAUUUCCAAUCUCAGGUCUCCUGCCCAACUUUCUUUUUCUAAAAAAAAGUUCUGACUACUUCCCAAUGAGUGUGCUUUUCACUUCACUUAACCCUUUACCAACAAGAAUCAUCUUUUCCAGUGCAAGUCAGUACCAAAACCACUAGCAAUUUACCUUAAUUUCAAAUGAAUUGAGUCCCCUCGUACAGACGUUCACAGAAGUCUGCCAUAAGUAAUCACUCCCAGCUGACUGCUUCUCUUUUCAUAAUAAUACAGUAAAAGCAAAAUAAAAACCCCAACAUGGCCAGUGUACUCCAGGUAAAGUUUCCACAGCUGGUCUUGGAGCCUGGUGAAGCUGCUCUUGUACAACCCUGACUUUCUCACCAAGAGAUUCAUAAAUAAGGCAGUGAUGUAGCACGGCUGAGCCCAGAAAUCCGUUCUGCUUUCAGAAAAAAAAUCUGCCUUUUGCAUCUAGUUCACACGAGGAGCAGAAGAAUCCUUUUCAGCUUCCUAUGCAGUGCUAGAGGAACGAUACCUCUGAAAUGCGUAUGGUUACAUGGUGCAGUUGUCUUGUUAAAAAAACAUGGUGUCAAAUAAUACAAAGUUCACGUAUUUACAUUCCUCAGAAUAUGAAUUGGGACACUCAGAUGUGCUGCUCUGUUUGUGACAGUAUCAGUCUCCAGCAGUGCGUGUGUGCAUUGGUGCUUACGUUUCCUUGAUUUAAUGACUAUGCAUAUUUUCUUCUUGUUCCUUAACCUUUAGCAGGAGCAAAUGUUUUGCAGCUAACAUUAACACAAGUCGGCUGUCCUCACUGUUUGGUGUUCCGUGCAUUAAGCAUGACAGUGCUUUGAGUGAGAAUAAUACUGAUAUAGUAGACUAGAGCAACGGAAGCACAUUCAUCUGUAAAAUAAUUAGUCUCGUUUGUAAAUAUCCUUGGAAGUGAUACCAUAACUGUAUUAAAGAAAUGUUUAGUUUUCUAUUGCUGCGCGUUGAAAAUUGAAAUGACUUUGGUGUGUCUGCAAAGAAAGAAAAGGCAGGUUGUGAUAGCAUCUCAUACAACAGAGUAACCUUGCUGCCUAAUUUGUGUGCAGUCUGAGGCAGAAUCUACCUGAGACAGCAUUUAUGUUCUCCUUCCCAGUGUUCAUGGGGCGCUGGGGGGAGCACAGAAUUUAUUUCUGAUAUGAACAGAAGGUGGUGACAGGGAAACCACAUUAAGUAGAAGCUUCAAGACUUUGCCUGGGCAGUCCUGACCAGUUCUCUCAGUGAAUAAAUAUCCCCAUUCAGAAGUUCACCUGAUGACAGAGAUGAGAGAGCUUACCAGAGCUGCACGUAAGAACUCUGAUAGUUUAAUGCCCUGCUCUGCUGAAAUGUUUGUUGACUGACUGAAAGGUUCACUGUGCUAUCAUUAGAUGAAAACCUGGUUAUUACUUAAGCAGUUCUCCUGAAUUUCCCUAAAGUUUUAAUGCUUUAGACAUGUAGAAGCUAGUACACCUAGCACUAAUGUUUCAGCAUUAAUGUUUAUUUUCCUUGUCUUUCAAGGCAGUAGAUACUCAGUAUACCAUUGCCAGUUUAUUUAACCUGAUUUAUGACUGCUGGGAGAAUGGAAUUUUAAAGCCAAUGAUGUCAGCUUUGUCUGCAUGCCAGUGGAGAUCCUUUAGCACAAAGCUUUCUCACCCUGACCCAUUCACAACAGGUAAAAAG